AAAUUUUCCCUAGAAGUAGGGACGCAGUUGUAUAUGACCGUGGCUUGUGAUGAUCGUACGUGGUUUGGUUAGAAUUAAGAUCAAGUGGAACAUUUGAGUUUUCAUAUUUAAAGUAAUAAUUGUUAUUGCCUUAGUUUCGAGAACAAGAUGGAACCUACAAGAAAGAAAUAUCGUGAACGAGUACCAAUUAGUAAAGAAAUGUUAGCGAAACAUGAUAAAGGCGAAGGAAUCGAUUUAAGGGCAACAUCAACUAAUAUAAAAAAUAAAGUAAUGAGACAGAAAUUAAAAAAAAGAGAGAAUACUUUUAAUAAUACAAUAAAGGAUACUGCGCGCACUGAAUUAUUUUUGACAGAAGAUUAUGGAAGCUUAGAGGCUGCUCCUGGGGAAAUAACAAUGCAAUAUAGACAAAAGCAAAUUGCAGACAAUGUGGAUAUAACUUCUGCAGCUAAGCAUUUUACACUAAAUUUACAGUUUGGUCCAUAUUACAUAAAAUAUACAAGAAAUGGUAGACACUUAGUACUAGGUGGGAGGAGAGGCCAUGUAGCGGCAUUAGAUUGGGUCACAAAAAAUUUAGCCUGUGAAAUGAAUGUGAUGGAAUCGGUACAUGAUGUAUCAUGGCUUCAUAUAGAAACAAUGUUUGCUGUGGCUCAAAAAGAAUGGGUAUAUAUAUACGACAACCAAGGAAUUGAACUCCAUUGUUUGAAAAAAAUGAACAGAGUUAAUAAAUUAGAAUUUCUACCUUAUCAUUUUUUGCUUGCCAGUGGAUCUAAUGAAGGUUACCUGUCAUGGUUGGAUGUUUCUAUAGGCAAAUUUGUAACAUCCUUUCAUUGCAGAUUGGGAAAGAUUGCAGUAAUGACACAAAAUCCUGCUAAUGCUGUGCUUUGUGUGGGUGAUUCAAAAGGAGUGGUUUCUAUGUGGUCUCCAAACAGUAAGGAUCCUUUGGCAAAAAUGUUGUGCCAUACUCGAGGAAUAUCUGCCUGUGCAGUUCAUCCUUAUGGAACUUACAUGGCAACUAGUUGUCCGAACAAAUCCAUAAAAAUAUGGGACAUCAGACAGUUAGCAGGUCCCGUGCAUGAUUAUCGCGUACGCUCUCCUAUUUACCAUUUAUCUUAUAGUCAGACUGGCAAAAUAGCAAUGGCGAUGGGAAAUGUUGUUGAAGUUCAUCAAUUGUCGGGUGAUGGAAUGAAACCUUAUUUACGUCACAGAACCAAGUCGUCAGUGACAAGUAUGCAAUUUUGUCCAUAUGAAGACGUUUUAGGUGUUGGUACAUUGACAGAAAUAUCUUCUCUUCUAAUACCUGGAAGUGGAGAACCUAACUUUGAUGCUCUUGAAAGUAAUCCAUUCCAAACUAAAACUCAGAGACGUGAAGCUGAAGUAAAAGCACUAUUGGACAAGAUUCAACCAGAACUAAUAUGUUUGGAACCACUUGCUAUAACAGAAGUAGAUGUAUCCACUCUUAAAGAUAAAAUAGAAGCUGAAAAGAAACUCUUGUAUCUCAAACCAAAGAAUAUAGAUUUCAAACCUCGUAGAACGAAAGCUAAAGGAAAAGGAGGAACAGCUAAAGUGAUUAAGACUAAGAAAAUUCUAAAAGAAUUGAGUCGAAAGGAAACUAUCGAUAUACUUCGCCAAGCAGACAUACGACCAAAUACCAACAAAGCAGGACCUCAGAAGGAUUAUGGAAUACUAAAUAGAUUUUUACCAAAACCUAAUAGAAGAACAAAUAAAUAAUACAACGUUGUUCAAGCUAUUAGAAAAAAUGCAUUUCUAUUUUAUAUCUUUCUGUAAUUUUUCAAAUAUUAGGUUGUCCAAAAAGUUUCUAUCAUUUUAUGAGGAAAUAAUAAACGCACAACGUUUUUUGUUUUA